CGAGAGGACCUCCUCCAGCAGCUUUAAACUGCUCCACCGCCACACCAGCGACAUUUUGGGGGAUCGGUCUCAACCCCUCUGCCUGUUAUUCUUCAGAUUUGUCCCCGUGUUUAACUAAAGGGAUAUUUCUUUCUUUUCCGGUACGUGGUUUCGGAAGCUGAGCGCACACGAGGAGCUUGUUGAGCCGAGGCUGUGCUGCCUUCAGUGGGCGGAUAAAGAGAAGGUAUCCGGGCCUGGGAGCUCCACAUUCACAAGUCAGUGGGUUGGAGCGACGGAAUUCAGCGUUUUCAGGUGGUGCAGUUCCCUGUGAUGGAGAAGAUGAAGCGGUUUAAGAAGCGCUUGUCGUUAACGCUUCGUUCAAGUCAAACCAUCGAUGAGUCUCUGUCAGAGCUGGCCGAACAGAUGACCAUAGAGGACGGAGGCACCAUGGACAAUGAGCCCUUCAUGAGGAAUGGCCGGCCCCCCACGUCCCACAGCAUGCACUCCUUCCUGCACCAGUACACGGGCUCCUUUAAAAAACCUCCACUCAGACGACCUCACAGUGUCAUCGGGGGAUCUCUGGGCUCCUUCAUGGCCAUGCCCAGAAACGGCAGCCGAUUAGAUAUCGUGCAUGAGAACCUGAAGAUGGGCUCAGAUGGAGAGAGUGACCAGGCCUCGGGAACCUCUUCAGACGAGGUCCAGUCUCCCACAGGAGUCUGUCUGAGGAACAGGAUCCACCGACGUAUUUCCAUGGAGGACCUAAACAAGCGCCUGUCCCUGCCCGCUGAUAUCCGGAUCCCUGAUGGAUACUUGGAGAAACUUCAGCUGAGCAGCCCCCCCUUCGACCAGCCUCUGAGCAGACGAUCUCGACGAGCUUCUCUGUCGGAGAUUGGUUUUGGGAAGUUGGAGACCUACAUUAAGCUAGACAAAUUGGGAGAGGGUACAUAUGCCACAGUGUUCAAAGGGCGCAGUAAACUCACGGACAACCUGGUGGCGCUAAAGGAAAUUCGACUGGAGCAUGAAGAAGGGGCGCCAUGCACUGCCAUCAGAGAAGUGUCAUUACUGAAGGACUUGAAACACGCCAACAUUGUGACGUUACAUGACAUCGUCCACACAGACAAGAGCCUCACACUCGUCUUUGAAUACUUGGAUAAAGAUCUGAAGCAGUACAUGGACGACUGUGGGAACAUAAUGAGCAUGCACAAUGUGAAAAUUUUCUUAUUCCAGAUCCUGCGAGGUCUGUCUUAUUGUCACAAAAGAAAAGUCUUGCAUAGAGACUUGAAGCCACAAAACCUGCUAAUCAAUGACAGGGGGGAGCUCAAACUGGCUGAUUUUGGUUUGGCGAGGGCGAAGUCAGUGCCAACCAAAACAUACUCAAAUGAAGUGGUGACUCUGUGGUAUCGACCUCCUGAUGUUUUACUGGGAUCGUCAGAGUACUCCACACAGAUUGAUAUGUGGGGAGUGGGUUGUAUUUUCUAUGAGAUGGCUGCAGGUCGGCCAUUGUUUCCGGGUUCCACAGUAGAAGACGAGCUUCACCUCAUCUUUAGGUUACUGGGCACGCCCACAGAAGAGAACUGGCCAGGAAUCUCAUCCAUUGAAGAGUUUAAAUCUUACAACUUUCCCAAAUACAAACCUCAGCUGAUCAUCAACCACGCUCCCAGGCUCGAUGGUGAAGGGACUGAGCUACUACUGUCUUUCCUCAAUUAUGAAUCAAAGAAGAGGAUUUCUGCUGAAGACGCCAUGAAGCACUCGUACUUCAGACAGCUGGGAAUGAGAGUCCACAACCUGCCAGAGAAUGUUUCCAUAUUCACAUUGAAGGAGGUGCAGCUUCAGAGAGACCCAGGAUACAGGAACACUGGAUACACGGACUCAAACAACAAGAUAAACAGGAGACAGAGCAUGUUGUUUUAAAGAUCUCCAGUCUUCAUCUCCUCCUGGACCAACCUGUGUCGCAUGAGCCCAGCUGCCCCCUACUGUUCCCUCUCAGUACUACACCCCAGUACCCCCCAGUACUACAACACACACAGACACACUUUAUUUAUUGGGAUGGGGUCGAAUUGCUGCUAAAAUACUACUGUUUGUAUUUAACAAACUUUGUGUGUGAACAUGAUGUGAACUGUCAGUUUACUAUUGUCCUGCUCCUACACUGAUUUAUGAGGUUAAUUUUAAUUUUUGAUGUUGACGCUGUGAUCCAAGUUGUUGUUUAUUGUUGUUGUUGCUUGGAAACAGUUUCUCCAUUUUGUUAAAUAUGUAAAUGGAUAUGCUAUAUAUAUUUGAAUUGUAUGUUUGUUUGUUUUUUCUCUGAGCUUCCGUGACUGAACUCUGAACCACGUUUCCAGGUGAAAGGCUAAAGAGGACAGGACUCUUCUUCAUGUAGUAAUUUAAAAUACGGUUAUUUUGAAUUGUGGAUGUUUGUUUAAUAUUUCAUCAUGGACUCCUUACUGACCUCUGGAGGAUAAAUUUUGCAAUGGAAAUGAUGAAAUUAUAUUCAUUAAGUGAUUUGGGAAUUAGGUAUGGGUGUGGUACUUGUUUAUAAAAGGCUGUAGUAGCUUUAGUUAAGUACAGAUGAAGUCUUGGGAGUUGAUCAGUCAAAAUAAAAUCUCAAGCUUAGUGGUAUAAGAUAAGUCUCUGAAUAUACAUGUUAUAGUGAGACUAAAACAGUUUAUUAAUAUAUGCCCAGAUUAUUAUUAGAGUUUUAGUUUAUUUAAGAGAAGUCUGUUUAUGGAUCCGAAUUCGAGUGCAAUCUGAUUUUGAUGUAGAAAUUAUUUUGGGAAGAUUUUUUAUUUAUUUUUUUUUUUUAGAAUUGUUUGUCUAAGAUCAAACUAAUCGCCUGCCUAGAUUAGAAAGAAUUGGGUUACUGUAAACAUUAUCUUUUGUCUAUAUUAGCUAACUAUACACAAGUACCACAUACAAUCCCAUUAUUAUUUUGUUUACGAUCCAUGGUGGAACAUAGCACACUCCAUUUUAAAGUUGCAAUGGGACCAAAAUUAACAAGAAGAGGAAACAGGAAGUCCACAGUCCUUCUUUCAAACUCCAGAAACUGCCAGGACUUUGUUGCUUUUGUUUAAAAAAAAAUUUAAUAAGCUUAAUUUUUUUGUCGAAUAUCUCACUGCAGUAACUUCUAACUUGCACUCAACAUUUUUGUUCUUGUUUGAAUCAGGGACUGAAGGUUACUCCACAGUAUUAAGACAGUUUUGACCUCUCCUUUGGAAACACAGUGUCUUUGAGGCAUGGACUUUUCACAAAGGGAGGAGAGUGACGGGCGGGGGGAUAAAAAAUGGUUAUAAAAAAGAUUUUGAAAAUGUCAGUUUGAAAUUUUACAUUUUUUCUCAACUGCUCAGAAAUCUCCCUUUAUAGCACACAUUUAUUCAAUGAAAGAUCUCCUCAAGUCAUGAUAAAAUUAUUAAGUUACUGAUUUGUAGCCAGUAUGUAUUGAGAAAUGUAUGGUUUGGGUGCAGAAAUAGAUUUUUGAUUUGUCCAUUGCCUGUUACAUAAGCUAAAAUUUUCUAUGCAGUUUGAAAGUUUCAAAUAAGUUGUUUGUACUGUUAUUAAUAGGCAUCUGGACAGGUUCAAAACUUCAAUUUAAAGUUUAGGUCACAUUUUCAAACUAUGAAAAAAAAUAUAUGGGCUGCAAUUUGAGUAGCCUAGCUUCAGCAAAUAUAUUUAGAAUUAAAAAAAAAAAAACCAUUUUGGUUUAAUAAUGCAUUCAAAAUAUAUGUUGAACAAUAAAGUGAAUUAUCAAAAAUCAAGCAAAAAAAUAAAAAAAAUCAAUCAAUCAAUAAAAUAAAUAUCAAUAAAAAAUCAAUAGAUCACCUCAAACCUGGACAUUUGGAAAUAUAUAGGCCUACUUGUAUAUUUUUGUUUAGAACUGUUUAUAUUGUAAAACUGUAUGUGAAUGGUAAGAACACAUAUAGGUAGGUGUCUUACUCUACUUUUUUUGCACAAAAAUAUAUAUUUUUGAUUAUGGUAAACCAAAAUGAUAAUGAGACUUGAGGAGAUUUACCGGUUAAGAUGCACAAAUCAAUAGAAGGACUAACUAAAUGCAUUUUGUUUGUCAGUUAACAGUAUACGCCUAAUAAUUUUGACAGCAUGCAUUAAUCUAAAUGACAGAUUUUUAUAAGCAGUGAUAUGCAUAAUGCAUAAAUGGAGAUUUCUGCAGUAGUAACCAUAUGUUUUUUCCUUGUAAACUGUAUUUUCAGACGUCGAAUGAAUGGUUUUGGUGUGAACUCAAUGCGAUGUGAGUGAAUGCUUGUUUCUAAUGCAUGGGAAGCCUGCUGUUGUGACCCUCUCGAACACUGAGCUGGUGGUAAACCGUGUGACUUUUUACUGGAACUAUUUAUUUCUCAUAACCAUCAAAAGUAAAUUUAAUCUGUUUCAUAAA